CUAGGUUGGUAGAAAUGUUUCGAUCGAACUCAGAGCAAAUUCCGUCUUCUUCUGAUAUUACGCAAGAAGCCAAUCGUGCAGCCUUGCUAUCAUAUUCAAUUCAGUAACAUUUCGUCGAAAAAAUGUUACGAUUUGUGGGAAGACAAGCAAAUAAUAUCAUAAGAAAUUCUCUACUACCACGCGCUACAGUUGUAAGUCGAAAUGUUCGUGCCUCCCACGAUGGCCCAGAAGAAAGUGAGGAGGAAUUUAAUAAGCAAUACGUGAAUUAUCUAAGUCGUCCAGAUCUCGAUCACUGGGAAAUUCGUCGAGUUUUUAACAAAUUAGCGGGUUUAGAUCUUGUACCAGAUCCAGUUGUUAUUUGUGCUGCAUUAAGGGCUUGCAGGAAACUGAAUGAUUUUGCUCUUGCUAUCAGGAUUUUGGAGAUGGUAAAGGAUAAAUGUGGAAGCAAACUUAAAGAAAUUUAUCCUUACAUUUUACAAGAAAUCAGACCUACAUUAGAUGAAUUAGGUAUCAAUACCCCAGAAGAGCUUGGUUAUGAUAAGCCUGAAUUAGCGCUUCAAUCCAUUGAUGAUAUACAUUAAUUAUUGAUUUUAAAUUAAUAAACAUAGUAUAUACGCUUAGAGGUGCUUUCUAUUAGACUUGUCACAAAUAAACAAAAAAUCAAUUUUUAAAUCAGGAUAAAAGAAUACCAAUUGUCAUGUCUCUUAUUAAAUAUUGAUUUUGACAAAUAUUUAUCAUAUGUCAUAUCUGUUUCGUACAUGAAGCAUAUUGUUCAUGAAUUGGAAAAAUAUAUGAAACAUGUAUUGUUUAUA